GAAUGAAGUUGGACGAAAACGUCUGGAGAAGCUAUCAAAUUUCGAAAGUAUUUCGGGAAAAUACCAACAAAAUCAAUGCGUUGGACUACAGCUCUUCGGGGGAACUGCUUAUAACCAGCUCAGACGAUGACAGCAUCGUGAUAUACGACUGUGAGGAAGGAAAGUCAACCCGAACGUUACUAAGCAGGAAGUACGGGGUCUCACUGAUAAGAUACACCCACGCACAGAACACAGUGCUACACGCUUCCACCAAAAUAGAUGACACGGUCCGUUAUCUCUCAUUACACGACAAUAAAUACCUUCGUUACUUCAAAGGACACCAACAAAGGGUGGUAUCACUGUGCAUGUCUCCUAUAGAUGACACUUUUAUCUCCGGAGCGAUGGAUAGAUCAAUACGACUGUGGGACUUGAGAUCUCCUAAUUGUGCGGGUCUGAUGCAUGUGAACGGGAGACCCGUGGCUGCUUUCGAUCCGGAGGGUCUUAUCUUUGGUGCUGGAAUUGACGCAGAAUAUUUGAAACUUUACGAUCUUCGCUCUUUCGACCGGGGCCCGUUCUCCACCUUCAAGAUACCAUCUGAACGAGGAACAGAGUUGAGCUCAAUAUCAUUCUCUCCGGACGGCAAGAACAUCCUGGUGUCAACAACAAACGGAGUCCUGAGAGUGGUGGACGCUUUUAACGGACAGAUCAUUCAAACGUUCACAGGUAUUAUAACAGAGCGAACAGAACGUGGAUUACAUCUGGGGUGCUGCUUCUCCCCUGAUUCUAACUACGUGCUCGCUGGUUCUCAAGAUGGUCAUUUACACGUCUGGUCGGUGAAGACUGGAAACAAGAUCGCAGUACUGGAAGGCAACCACCCAAACCCUAUUGGCUGCGUAGCCUUUAAUCCGAAGUACAUGAUGGUGGCAUCUGCUUGUAACAACGCGGCAUUUUGGAUACCGAACUUAGAAGAGCUACAAUGAUAGAAGAACCCUCCCCUUUCAAUUAAUCAGACAAACUAAUCAGGAUGGAGCAGACCUGUCAUCACCGCACUUUUGAGGACUGAUAAUA